CUUUCACUUCUCUUUAGCCUCAUCAAAACCUUCAAUUCUCUUUAGUAGUUUAAAUCUCUCUUUCUCUUUAUAUAUAUAUAUAUAUAUAUUUAGAUUGAUUAAGAAGAAAUGGGUGAGAAGAUGAUGACGAUGAAGAAGAAGAAGACAACAACAAUGAGGGGACGUGCAUGGAGAUUAAUACGUAUAGCAUUAAUAUGGGCUAGAAAAGGUGGUGCAUUCAAGCAAAGUCUUCUUCUUUCUCUCAAGCUUGCUUUCAAGAACAUUACUAAUUAUCAUCAGAAGAGCAUUCAUUACUUGGAACGUGAGUUCUCAUUUGAUGAAACCCCUUCAUUUCGUUUCAAGCUUCACCGGCCUCACUUUCCGUGCAUUGGUUUUCCUGAUGAUCAUGAUCAAGAUAAUGAUGAUGCUGUCUUCUUCUUCAGUGGACAUGAUAACAAUGUUAAUAAUUCCAUUUCUUAUGAUCAUCAUAAGAAUGAUGAUGAUAAUGGCAUUAAAGAAGAAGAACAACAAGAAGAUAAUGAUGAUGAUGAAGUGGAACAAUUAGAAGGGAUUAAUAGCCAGGCUGAAGAGUUCAUUGCUAAGUUCUAUCAAGAGAUGAAGCUCCAACGCCAAGUCUCUUUCAUUCAAUACAAUGACAUGCUUCUCAGAAGCAUCUCUUGAUUUUCUUUUUAUUUAUAUUAUAUAUAUAUAUAUAUAUAU